AUGACGCCCACGAAGACUACAAAAACCGAAGUAGAAAUGGUGAUACGAAACAGAAAAACUGUUAUGAAAGACGGGAUCAUGACAAUGUCGGGCAUUGGCGAUCCAUCGGUUUUCCACGCUUUGGUUGUCAUCUUUUUGGAGUUCUUCGCAUGGGGCUUACUGACAAUGCCGAUUAUAUCAGUGCUGAACGCUACGUUCCCGGACCAUACGUUUUUGAUGAACGGCCUUAUAAUGGGGAUCAAGGGCAUUUUAUCCUUCCUGUCGGCGCCUCUCAUUGGUGCACUAUCCGACGUGUGGGGCCGCAAGUUCUUCCUGCUGGUCACGGUGUUCUUCACGUGCGCGCCGAUUCCGCUGAUGACGGUCAACACCUGGUGGUUCUUCGCGAUGAUCAGUAUUAGCGGUGUGUUCGCGGUGACUUUUUCAAUUGUGUUCGCGUACGUGGCUGACGUGACUACGGAAGCGGAACGCUCGCGGGCCUACGGCCUGGUGUCUGCUACGUUCGCAGCAAGCAUGGUGAUAUCACCCGCCCUUGGCGCCUACCUAAUGGACUUGUACGGGGAGGCUUUGGUCGUGGCCGCCGCUACGGCCGUCGCCGUGCUCGACGUAUUCUUCAUUAUGGUCGCUGUACCCGAGAGCCUCCCGGAAAAGGUCAGACCCAGCGGCUGGGGGCCUGCUAUCAGUUGGGAGCAGGCUGACCCAUUUGCGGCUUUAAGAAAAGUUGGUGCGGAGCGUACAGUGCUCAUGUUGUGUGUUGCCGUGUUUCUCUCGUACUUACCGGAAGCCGGACAGUAUUCUUGCAUAUUUGUGUAUUUAAAAUUAGUGAUGGGCUUUGGUGUUGUGCAAGUAGCAAUAUUUAUCGCAAUUGUUGGAGUGCUCAGCAUAGCAGUUCAGGUUGUGCUAGGCUUCCUAAUGCGGUCACUUGGGGCUAAACACACAAUCAUGGUUGGACUGUUGUUUGAGAUGCUGCAGCUUAUGUGGUAUGGCUUUGGAAGUCGUACGUGGAUGAUGUGGGCGGCUGGAGUUCUAGCAGCACUUGGAUCGUUAACAUAUCCUGCUAUCAGUGCUUAUGUGUCAGUUAAUAGCCGUGCAGAUCGUCAAGGGGUUGUGCAGGGCAUGGUCACUGGAGUGAGAGGACUGUGCAAUGGAUUAGGCCCCGCCAUGUUUGGUGUUAUAUUUUACCUAUUUCAUGUGGAUCUUAAUGAAGAGCAUGCUGUGACUGGUUUAGAUGGGAAGCCAGAUGAAAAAUACGUGAGAAUGGUGCCAGGGCCCCCAUUUGUGUUGGGAGCACUGCUGGUUAUAUGUGCACUCUUAGUAGCAGCUUUUCUGCCCGAAGAUGGCACUGUUGGCGGUGGAAGACGAGUACCGGCUGAUUUGCGAUUCGAAGUUGAGCGCGGACGGCGUGUGGCAGGUCCCCUGUCGCCCUUAAUGGCCCCUGAGUCUGCUGCCCUC